CUUUCCCCAUCUGGUAAUAUAUGCCUUGUAGAUCCUUCCAUAGGAGUAUGUUAUCCCUUUUGACAGCUUCAUAACAUUCCAUUGUUGCCAAGACAAAGGGGAUUUGGCGAUGGAGGCUUUGUUGGAAGGAAUGCAAAAUCAGGGACAUGAAGGGGGAUUUUUGACAUCCUGUGAAGCAGAACUACAAGAGCUCAUGAAACAGAUUGACAUAAUGGUGGCUCAUAAAAAAUCUGAAUGGGAAGGGCAGACACAUGCUCUUGAAACUUGCUUGGGCAUCCGUGAACAAGAACUGAAGGCUCUUAGGGGUCAGUUGGACAUGAAACACAAUGAGGUUGUAAUGUUGCGUCAACAAGUAGAAGAACAUGAAAAAGUUAAACAAGAGAUGGCCAUGGACUAUAAGCAGGAGUUAAAGAAACUACAUGAAGAAUUAGGCAGACUGAAAAGAAGCUAUGAAAGACUACAGAAAAAGCAUAUAAGAGACUUCAGAGGAAACACCAAAAAUCACAGGGAAGAUCGAUCUGAAAUUGAGAGGUUAACUGGAAAAAUAGAGGAAUUUCGUCAGAAAUCACUGGACUGGGAGAAGCAACGCCUGAUUUAUCAGCAACAGGUAUCUUCUCUGGAAGCACAGAGGAAGGCUUUGGCAGAACAAUCAGAGAUAAUUCAGGCUCAGCUUGCCAAUCGGAAACAGAAAUUAGAGUCUGUGGAGCUGUCCAGCCAGUCGGAGAUUCAGCAUCUGAGCAGUAAGCUGGAGCGGGCCAAUGACACUAUCUGUGCCAAUGAGUUGGAAAUAGAGCGCCUCACCAUGAGGAUCAAUGACUUAGUGGGAACCAAUAUGAAUGUUAUACAAGAGCAGCGGCAAAAGGAAGAAAAAUUAAGGGAAUCUGAAAAACUGUUAGAGAUUCUCCAGGAAGAAAAGAGGGAACUGAAGGCAGUUCUUCAGUCUCAAGAAAAUUUCAUCCAUGAGGAAAGAAUGCAGAAGGAGAAGCUACAAGCAAAAUUAAAGCCAACUGACAGUCAACACACAGUACAGGCCGUGAGGUCACCAGACGAGCCGCAGGCAGAAAGGAGGUACACCUCGCAAGGGCAGGAGGACUUGGGCAACGUGCUAUCUCAGCUGGAUCUCACCCACAAUAGUGAAGAACUUCUGCAGGCAGAGGUGACUCGUUUGGAAGGCAGCUUGGAGUCUGUGAGUGCAACAUGUAAACAGCUGAGCCAAGAACUAAUGGAAAAAUAUGAAGAACUGAAGAAGAUGGAAAUAUAUAACAACGAGUACAGGGCAGAGAUUAAGAAGUUGAAAGAACAGAUUCUGCAGGCUGAACAGAGUUACAGUUCUGCAUUAGAAGGAAUGAAGAUGGAAAUCUCUCAGCUGACUCGGGAGUUACACCAGCGAGACAUCACUAUUGCCUCCACUAAAAGCUCCUCCUCUGACAUGGAAAAGCGACUCAAAGCAGAGAUACAAAAGGCAGAAGAAAAAGCAGUAGAACAUAAGGAGAUUUUGGAUCAGAUGGAGUCACUCAAGUUAGAAAAUCAUCAUCUUUCUGAAAUGGUGAUGAAAUUGGAAUUGGGUUUACAUGAGGCAAAAGAGAUUUCACUAGCAGACCUCCAGGAGAAUUAUAUUGAGGCCUUAAAUAAAUUAGUGUCUGAAAAUCAACAACUGCAGAAAGAGUUGAUGGAUACUAAAUCUAAGCUGGAGAUUUCUACUCAGAUAUGCAAAAAAAACCAUGAGAGAAUCUUUAAACCGACACACAGCAGAGCACCUGAGUUCAAGAAUACAGAGUUCAAGCCAACCCGUGGCCCGUACAGACACGAUGGAGUAAAGACUGAGCACUGCAAAACAGGUCUUCAUUCUCCGAGACGACAGGCGUUGGAUAGUAUAGAGCCCAUGUCCAGAGUCCUCAGCCCCCUGAGCUCUCAGAUCAGCCCUUGCAGUUCCACCAUCUCUUUGCCUUCUAACUUUCUGUGUAAAACUAGCUCUUUGCCUUCAGCGCUAGAUACAAAUGAUGCCAGUUUUUCUGACACUGUCUCUGAGAGUAUAAAUGACCAGGAAGAGUUUAUGUCUUCGUGUCCCUUGCCUGUGUCUCCUCUUGGUUCAAUAGCUACCAGAUUUUUGGAAGAGGAGGAACUGCGGUCCCAUCAUAUUCUAGAGCGCCUGGAUGCCCAUAUUGAAGAACUUAAAAGAGAGAGUGAAAAGACAGUGAAACAGUUCACCACCCUAAAGUAG